CCAAGCAUAUGUUGCAAGACCUGAAUAGCACGGGGUUAAUACACAUGUAUAAUCUGAGUUGUCUUUUAUUAAACAGUAGUUUGCCAAAAUGACUAACACAAAGGGGAAGAGGAGAGGGACACGUUAUAUGUUCUCGAGGCCAUUUCGUAAACAUGGCGUUGUCCCUCUGGCCACCUAUAUGCGAAUCUACAAGAAGGGCGAUAUUGUGGACAUCAAGGGCAUGGGUACUGUUCAACAAGGUAUGCCUCACAAGUGUUACCAUGGCAAGACUGGAAGGGUAUUUAACGUUACUCAACAUGCUGUUGGCAUUAUCGUAAACAAACAGGUUAAGGGCAAGAUUCUCGCCAAGAGAAUUAAUGUGCGCGUUGAGCAUAUUAAGCAUUCCAAGAGCAGAGACAGCUUCUUGAAGCGUGUGAAAGAGAAUGAAAGGAAGAAAAAGGAAGCAAAAGAAAAAGGCACUUGGUUUGAACUGAAACGCCAGCCUGCUCCACCCAGAGAAGCACACUUCGUGAGAACCAAUGGCAAGGAGCCAGAGCUGCUGGAGCCAAUUCCCUAUGAAUUCAUGGCGUAGUGUAAUUUAAAGAAAUAAAGAUCUCUAGGACAAAA